CCCUCCCUCUCUCUCUUUCUCUAACGGACACACACUACUCACAACUCACAGCACAAACCGUAACAGAACCAAACAAUGAGAACCCAACGGCUUAACCAUCUCCUUCUCUCCCUCUUCCUCUUCGCAGCCGCAUUCUCCAGCCUCCACCCGACGGCCACCGCCGGAGACGAAGGCGCACCGUCUGCAGGCGACGGCGACCGCGACGCCGAUUUCAUCCGCACUAGCUGCAACACCACGCUCUACCCGGAAGUGUGUUUCACCUCCCUCUCUCGCUACGCCAAUGCGGUGCAGCAGAACCCCGGCCAUCUGGCGCGUGUGGCCAUUGCCGUAAGUCUCUCGAAGGUUCACCGUGCGGCGUCCUACGUCUCCAACCUCACGCGCGACGCCGACUACGGCGGAAGCACGCGCGCCGCUCUUGCUCUGCACGACUGCUUCUCGAAUCUGGGCGACGCCGUGGACGAAAUCCGCGGCUCGCUGAAGCAGAUGCGGCAGAUUGGAUCCGCCGGCGCCGGCGCGAGUUCGUUCCUGUUCCAGAUGAGCAACGUGCAGACGUGGUUGAGUGCCGCACUCACCGACGAAGAGACCUGUACGGAUGGAUUCCAGGACGUAGCGGACUGUCCCAUGAAAACGGGUGUAUGCGAUCGCGUCAGCAACGUCAAGAAGUUCACCAGCAAUGCCUUGGCGCUCGUCAACUCCUACGCCAACAAGGGAAUGCCUUGAUUGUGUUACAGUCUGAUUUUAUUACUUUUCGAGAUUUACAAGUUAAAGAAUAGAUUGUGUUAAAUUUUCCGUCAAAAAACAAAAAGUGCAGUGUCUGUGUGGGUGGGUGGGGGGGGGGGGGGGGUGUAUGUAAAUUUUGGUAUUCUUGUAGACAGUAUUUGCUGUCACGCAAGAAAGUGGAGAAACGCAUCACUUCAUUCACGUGAUAGAAUGGAGAGUGUAGAUAUAUAUUAGAACAAAAAUAUCAAGUGAAAGUAGAGUUUGCAACUUUUAUUUGUUACUUUUAGUUUGUUGUGGUUAUUGAUGCUUUAAGGAAGGUUAAAUUUUUAGGGUUGUGUA